AGAAGGGGAGCUUGGAAUAUGAAGCUCUAACUCUUUUAUUUCCCCAAGGUCGUCCAAGCAACCUCUGCAGAGUGUAGAGAUGGACAUCUACUAUGGACGCUUGUUCCUUUGCUCUGCAGCUCUCGUACUCUGUUGCUUUGGAGCAUUAUCGAGAUGCCAUGCCGCAAAUAAGCUGCUGCCUGAAGAUGAAGUGGGUGCUCUGAGAGAAAUAGCCAAAACAUUGCACAAAGUUGAUUGGAAUUUUGGCGUUGAUCCGUGCAUCAAUGAAUCGAGUUGGUUGACGCAAAACCCAAAAGGAAAGUUCAACAACAACGUUACCUGUGACUGCUCUUACAAUAAUGGCACCACUUGCCACGUCAUAUCAAUGAUCCUCAAGAAUCAAAAUCUCUCAGGUAGGCUUCCACCGGAGCUGGCCAAUCUUCCCUAUCUUCAACAUAUUGAUUUUAGACGUAAUUUCCUUAACGGAACAAUACCAGUUGAAUGGGCUUCUAUGAAGAACAUACAGUUUAUAUCUCUUGUUGGGAACCGCAUAUCAGGGGAAAUUCCAAAAGAAAUAGGAAAAAUGGCCAAUCUCACAUACCUGAGCCUUGAAGCCAAUCAACUUUCUGGAGCUAUUCCCUCGGAGCUUGGGGAUCUAAUCAAAUUAAAGAAUUUGUCACUUUCAUCCAAUAAUUUUUCAGGAACUUUGCCAUCAAAACUUGCAAAUUUAAUAAACUUGAAAGAAUUUUCAAUAAGUGAUAACAACCUUAGUGGACCAAUACCAGAUUUUAUCCAAAACUGGACACACCUUGACAAAAUGGUAAUGCAAGCUAGUGGGCUAGAGGGACCAAUUCCUUCAGUCAUUUCUGUUCUACAAAAUUUAACUGAUUUGAGGAUUAGUGACAUACAUGGGAAUCAAUCAACUUUUCCUGAUCUGGGUAAAAUGAAAGGAAUGAGAACAUUGAUUUUGAGGAAUUGUAAUAUUUCUGAUACAAUCCCUUCAAAUAUAUGGAAUUUGGAUAAACUUAAAAUUAUGGACCUCAGUUUCAACAAAUUAAAACAACCCAUCCCUAACAAAAGAACAGAUAUAGAACCCAAAUACAUUUAUUUAACUGGCAAUAUGUUCGAGGGAGCCAUACCAGAGUGGAUGUUGUCAGCUGGAGAACAUAUUGAUCUUUCGUAUAAUAGUUUUACAUGGGAAAGCCUUGGGCAAGAAGGUUGUAUGGAUAAUAUAAACUUGUUCCGAAGCAUGAAACAUAACUGGGAUCUCCUUCCAUGUUCGAAUUCCAGUUCCAAGUGUACAAAAUAUUGGUCCUCAUUACAUAUAAACUGUGGAGGGCCUGAGGUAACACUUGAUGAUGGAAACAAAUAUGAAGGAGAUAAAAAUGUAGGUGGUGCUUCAAAAUCAUAUUUUGCAAAUGAACGUUGGGGAUUUAGUAGCACUGGAAAUUUCAUAGGUGACAACAAAGAGGCAGAUAAUUUCAUUGUUACAAAUACAUCAGUACUUACAAUGAAAAAUUACCAAUUAUACACAACAGCGCGCCGUUCUCCGCUUUCUUUCACCUAUUAUGGACAUUGUUUACAAAAUGGUAAUUACACUGUGAGUCUGCACUUUGCAGAAAUAGUUUUCACAAAUGAUAACACAUUUAGUAGUCUUGGGAGGCGCCUGUUUGAUAUUUAUAUACAGGGAAAAUUGAUGCGGAAAGAUUUUGAUAUUGAACAUGAAGCAGGUGGGGCUGGUAAAGAACACAUAGAAAAGUAUAAUGCUACUGUGACAAACAAUACUCUAGAGAUCCGCUUUUACUGGGCUGGAAAAGGAACAACAAUCAUCCCUGCAAGGGGAUACUCUUAUGGUCCUCUUAUAUCAGCUAUUUCUGUGGAACACAAUUUCAAACUUCCUUCAGAAGAUAAAACGAAGAAAAUUGUGAUAGGUGUUGCAAUUGGGGCUUUUGUGUCAAUCCUUAUAAUCUUGGUCUUGGUUGUUAUUUGGUGGAAAGGCUAUCUUGGAGGCAAAAACAGGAGAUAUAAAGAUUUAAGAGGGCUAGAUCUGCAAACGGGUUCCUUUACCUUAAGACAAAUUAAAGCUGCAACCAACAACUUUGAUGCAGCAAACAAGAUUGGAGAAGGUGGUUUUGGAUCUGUUUAUAAGGGACAACUAUUGGAUGGUACUUUAAUUGCAGUUAAGCAACUUUCUUCCAAAUCAAAGCAAGGAAAUCGUGAAUUUGUAAAUGAGAUUGGCAUGAUAUCUGGAUUGCAACACCCAAAUCUUGUUAAACUUUAUGGUUGUUGUAUCGAAGAAGACCAAUUGCUAUUAGUAUAUGAGUACAUGGAAAACAAUAGUCUUUCUCGUGCUUUGUUUGGUCCAGAUGAUGGUCCAUUGAAAUUAGACUGGCCAACUAGACAGAGGAUCUGUGUUGGGAUAGCCAGAGGUUUAGCCUUUCUCCAUGAAGAAUCAAGACUCAAAAUUGUUCAUAGGGACAUCAAAGGUACCAAUGUACUACUUGACAGGGAUCUAAACCCCAAGAUAUCUGACUUUGGGUUGGCCAAGCUUGAUGAAGAGGAAAAGACCCAUAUCAGCACUCAAGUCGCUGGAACCAUAGGAUAUAUGGCACCGGAAUAUGCUCUAUGGGGUCACCUCACCUUCAAGGCAGAUGUUUACAGCUUUGGAGUGGUUGCUUUAGAAAUUGUUAGUGGGAGAACCAACUCAACAUAUAGGCCAAAGAGUGAUUGCACUUGUCUUCUAGAUUGGGCCUUUCUUUUGCAGAAGAGAGAAAGCUUACUGGAGUUGGUGGAUCCAAGGUUGGGAAGUGAUUUCAAUAGGCAAGAGGUGGAAAGGAUGAUUAAAGUAGCUCUCUUGUGCAUUACUGCAUCUCCCACACUUAGGCCUAGCAUGUCCCAAGUGGUGAGCAUGCUAGAAGGCUCGAUGGCCAUCCAAGAUGAGAUUUCGGAUCCAAGCAUAUCUGGUGAAGAUUCAAGGUUUUCAGGAAUAAGGGAAUAUUUCCAACAGAUGAUACUCCAGGAUUCAAGUGGAGCCCAGACCCAGAAUUUGUCAUCUGAAGGGACAUGGAUCAGCUCUUCAUCUUUAUCUGUCCAGGAUGUCUAUUUAAUCAAUCCUCAUUCUCCAUAGAGUAAGGUCAGAGCAUUCAUUAGGUGGCUAUGUAAGAAUCAUCUUAUAGGAUAACAAGGGUUUACUGAUUAUUUUUACCGUA